AUGGCGCCCAAAGCGGCUACGAAGAAGGCGCCUAUCGGAGGCAAACAUAAUAAAGCGGCCUCAGCAUCCAAAGCCGCCCUUAAGGGCGUUCAUGCAAACAAAGCACGCAAAAUCCGAUUUACAACCACCUUUCACCGUCCAAAGACCCUUCGUCAUGCCCGCGAUCCUAAAUAUCCUCGAAAAUCCAUCCCACACGAGCCGCGACUUGACCACCACAAAGUUCUCAUUCACCCGCUAAAUACGGAGAGCGCGAUGAAAAAGAUUGAGGAGAAUAACACAUUGGUAUUCAUUGUGGAUGUCAAGGCAAAUAAGCGGCAGAUCAAGACGGCGCUGAAGAGUCUCUAUGAUAUCGAUGUUGUGAAGAUUAAUACGCUAGUGAGGCCGGACGGAACAAAGAAAGCAUAUGCGAGGUUGACGACCGACGUGGAUGCGCUGGAUGUUGCUGCUACGAAGCUGAAUAUCGUGUGA